UUUUUAAAAAUAUAUUAUCGAGAAUGGGAAAAAUAAAUAGUGUAAUACAUCUUGUUCCAAUAAAGUGGGUCGGUUGAGAUUGACCGUCGACGGCCCUCGUCAUCGUCUUUCUCCCCUCCGUUCUCCGCCGCCGGCAAAUCGCGGUUCCCUCAGCUUCUUCCGACCGGAAACUACUGAGAUUCCUGCCAUUUGAGCUGUAAAUAAUGGGAAGACGAAGAAGAAAGUGCAGGCUAUGGUGGCCAAGCAACCUCUUGUCUCCAUCUUCACCCAAUUCAAGUUUCUUGUUCGGGUGGUUCAUUCCAUCUUCCGAAGAAUCAGUGGACGUUGUCGUAUCCUUUGCCUGCGAUGAGCCCGAACUUACUUCGUUGAUGGGUCCUUGUUCGGAUCUUCAGGAAGUACUUUUGGGGACAAAUGAGAGCAUGACUCCUCUUCAAGAUAAAAGCAAAUUCCACCUGCUAGGACUCUGUGAAGCUGAUGCAAGUGCAAAUGGGGAUUUGGUUAGAUUUAAAAAAAGUGACAAAACUGUGGAUUGUGUGAGCUGGAACUGUGGAUGCUCCAAAAAUGUUAGCGUAUUCAAACGAGGUAGAUUUUCUGCUCAAGAAAACACGUGGAUAAGGCUCUUUUACAGUCCUUCUGAAACUGCUGAAACUGCUGAUGGAAAAGUUCUUGUCAUACCUAAAUUGGAUCAUCUACAUAUGGACAGUGAACCAACGUCCCAUCUAGAUCUUCACGUGAUACUGUAUGACAUACCCACUUUUGGCGGUCACCAUUACUCCCUGGGUAGUCAUAGUUUAUCCAACCCUGUUCAGCCCACAUACAGGAAGCCCAAGUGGUUUGACGAGCUUCAGCAAAAAAAUGCACGCCUAGACUUGGAUACUGUCAUCCAGGCAAUGAACAGUGCCUGUGCUGCUCGGAUAUUGUUUAAUGGACAUCAGCAACCCAAGUCUGGUUUUCCCAAUUUUUUUCGCUUGGAUUGGUCAUCUGUUGAGGUGGCAGAAAAAGUCUCAUUCGACAAGCACUCGAUGUGGUCCAAUGUCAUGGUUGAUAUUUUUCUGGGUAAUAUUUUUGGCAUUACCCUGUGGUUUAUGGCUGAACCUGCUUGCUCAUGGGUUUCAAAAUUCUCUCAAGACUUCACUAACGAUUGGCUGCGAACUGGGUGCGUGUGGCUAAUGGGAAAUCCGGCUGGUUUUAAGUUGAAUACAGAGCUAGCAGGAAUUCUUGGAAUGAUUUGUCUGAAUGCUAUUCAAAUUUGGUCAACCCUUUGGAGUUUCAUGGGAUUUCUCUUUGUUUACUUCACAAAAGGACUUUCUCUCUGCGGGGUUGUAUUUGGCUUGACAUCAGCGGCAGCUCUAAUCGUUGAUGUGAUUUCACUAGUGACGAUGCAUGUUUUGUCUCUUCAUUUAUUCUUUUCAUUUAUCUAUUCGACACAGAUACGGGCACUAGCAGCCUUGUGGCACCUUUUCAGUGGUAAAAAGGUAAAUCCUCAACGUCACAGACUGGAUAGCUAUGAUCACACGGUCGAGCAGCACGUAGUUGGAUCUCUUCUGUUUACACCGAUUUUACUUCUUCUGCCAACAAUAUCGGCAUUCCAUAUAUUCUUUACCAUUUUGCACACGACUAUGACCCUUAUCUGCGUAUUCAUAGAGGCUGCUAUAUCAUUCAUCCACUUCACUCCCUAUGCAAAAGUUUUUAUCUGGCUGAGAAGUAGGAGUAGAUUUCCAUGUGGGAUCUGGUUCGAAAUUACAGCUUGUCAACAUUCUGAAUUUAGAGCUGUAAAUGGCGGUGGUAAUUUAUCCUCUGAGAAGCUGCAAAAAGUAGAUUAUGCUAGCAGCAGCCACGGAUCCAGUGUUUUGGUUUCAUUUCUCCACAGCAAUUAUUUGAACUUGGGUAGUGAAGCCUCACUACAGACUAUGUUGGUCUUCUUUUUCUCGGUCAUCUAUUGGCUCGUCAGCUUACGGGCUUCUCACCGGAAGAAGGUACCCAUUCUUCUCCUCGUCUCCAGCUUCAUUGGUUCUUUUAUCAUUCUGUAUUCUCCUGGACCCACUCUCCCUGCAAAGUUGCCAUGGAUAGUAAUCCCCUUGAAAGAAUAUUGGCAUAUUUGUCACAACUCAGUCUAUGCGUGCCUUGAAGAUCGGUCAAAUCUUUUGCGUAUUUGACGAGACAUAGUUACACUUGCCUAGCGAGUUCAGGUCAGGUUCAUGAGAUUCUGUUUAUCAAGUUACUAUUUUGUAAACGUCCGUGAAGAUUCUUGUCUCGAUAUGUUUGUUAGUUUUAAAUUUUAUCUGCCUCUAUUGCAUACAAUGUAAAAGCCCUUUUCUACUACAUUUUUUCCCCCCGAGUAGUGGAAAUUUGGAUUGGCAGUGAUAUCUCUUAGAAGGAUUUUUUAAGAAGCAUUGAAUUUGUUGCUCGGCCUUUUAUCAGGUGGCCCUUUCGGGCCUUUAUGCGGCCCGACCCAAUUCAAUUUUAGUUUUAUUUUAUUGAGAAGGGUUAUAUCUACAUUUGCUCAUGCGUGAGGAAAAAAA